AUGACAGCGGCCUCGAAUGACUUCCAAUUUGAUUCAAUCCCAGACGGAACAUCGUAUCUGCCAGGUGCCACGCUCCAUACGUUGGAUCUAAGCAUCCUAACCGGACGUCAAGACACUUCCACCGGUGCAGCUUUACCGGUGGCAGAUGUGAAUGCGGCAUACUUGCAUCAAAUCGGAGAUAGCGCGAAUCUCUUCUCCUUGACUUCCGCUGGACUUAGCCUCGUCCUAGACCAGGACAGGGAAUAUGUGAUCAUCGGUGAACUCCUGAAAAGCAACACCGCUGUUGUGCACAAUCACAUCAACGAUCGGCCCUGCCUCUCGCGGGUUGUUGGAGUGAUCCUUAACAAAUUCUUGUUGCGACUGUCAACAAGUUCUACCUCCGAUAUGAUUAUCCUGAUUCACAUCUCCACACCCAGAUCCAAGGUCGCCUGCAACGUCGUCCUCGCAAACGUCCUCAAGACCUUCUUGCCCGAAGUCAUCUCCGACGAGCUCACCCAAAACAUGAAGAUCGUCGACCAGUACAGCUGCUAUGGCACAGACGCAGGAAUGAAGGAGCCAAGAGCAAAUCCCUCCUCAAUGACGCCCAGCUCGCCAUGGUCCAGUUGUGGGCCAAGAGCCUCAAGCUUCUAUCCCAAGUCUGUCUGA